AUGCCCCCGCAAUAUCCGCAAUGCUCCACGCACUGCUCGCUUGAGUCUCCAAGCCCUGAGUUUUCACUGAACGCGCCACUUCCUUUCGCAUCCUCCCCUUCCUCCUCCCUCCCCCCUCCCUUCCCCGACCCCCGCCUCCCUGCAGGCUCCAUGUGGUUCUUCAACCCUCCUCCCAUUUCCCCCCUUCCACCCAACCCCUCCUCCCAUUUCUCUCCCUUCAACCAACCCCCCUUCCCCUCUCUUCCCUGCCCGACUGCAGGCUCCACGUGGCUCUUCAACACCGUCCGCCUGCUGCUCGCCCACUCGGGCCAGCUGGCGCUCUCCUAUUGGCUGCACUCCAUCUUCGCCAGCAAGCUGCGCGCCAGGGGGCUCUCGCCUCUUGGCAGGCCUGAUCCUGGGGGCAAGGGCGGAGGUCAUGGGGGGAUGGGGGGAGAAAGAAGAGGGUCCGCGGAGGGAUUAGGAAAAAGAGGGGAUGGGGAGGGAGUGGGGAUGGAUGGAGAGGGGUGGGGAGGAGUGAACGUGGUGGUGAAGACACACGAGUGGGCGGAGGGGUGGGAGGUGGGCGAGUGGACUCGGGUGGUGCUGCUGACUGAGAGGGACGUGUGUGGCGUCGCUGACUCCUACCUCCGCAGGGCUGCAGCAGGGGCGGCGGAAGGGUCUGGGCUUGAGGCGAUUCAAACACUUGAAGGGAGAGAGGGGGCCGAUGGGAGGGCAGUGGACGUGCGUGUUGUGUCAAGAGCCCUUGCUCAGCUGCCAGUCCCCACAGUUCCCACAGUCUCAUUAUAUUUCCCUCCCUCCUCCCACGUCCUCCUCCAACCCCACCCCUCCCCCCCCAACUUUCUCGUUGGCUGCUCUCCUCCCUCUAACCUGCCACCAACGCUCACUGCAGGCUGGGCGCCUGACCCGGUGACCAAGCUGUGGCCGCGCCACAAGAGCAAAAGGGGGUCAGCCAGGGCCCUCACAGGAGAGGAGCGGGCGGAGCUGCAGCAGUUUGUGGCGUCCCUGGCGCCACCUGCCAGUGCACCCACGAAGUAA